AUGGCCAUACCAAAGGAAAAGAAUAUUGUGGCCAGAUCCUCAGCCUUUAGAAGCAAGAUUGCAAUGCUGUGCAGAUGUUCUCUGAGAUACAACGUACGCGUCACCGUUCCCAAGGACGAGUCGCCCAUUUCUAUCUCGGGCAAGUCCGAAAGUGUGCACGACGCCAUCAAGGAGCUGGAGGAGCUCGUGCAGCAAGACGUGCCCAAGCAGCACGUGUUUCUCCCGGUGAAUAUCCUUCCCGAAGACCUCGGCGUCGCCAUCGGAAAGGGCGGAAGCCAAUCCUCCAAGGUCAAGGAGGAGUUCGGGGUCAAGCUCUACACCAGAUGCAACAAGCACCCUCAGAGGCCGCUGGUGGUCGUGGGGCCUCUGGAAGAAGCCCAGAAGGCCGUGGCCUACAUCGAGCAGCAUGUUGCCGAGAGGCGCCGCCUUAAUGAGGAGCGUGCCGAGAAGCAGUGCCGCCGAGAGGAGGUGAUGGGGACCUUCCCCGUCAACGUCGAGUCCAACCAGAUCGGCAGAGUCAUCGGUAAGGGCGGUUUCCGCAUCAGUUACAUCGCCAAGAGGUACAGUGUCAAGAUCCAGCUCCCUGAGCGGAACAAGGAAGACGGCGCGGUCUUGGUCAUGGGCCUGAAGGAGGACGCCCAGGCUGCCGCCGCCGUGCUCGAGCUCGUGGCCAACCGCAAGCUGUUGCCCAAGCACAUCCUGGCGCCGCUCCGGAUCAGUCACGAGGACAACCUCAUCGUGCUCGGCCCCAAGGGCUGCAGGGCCGCCGGGAUCGAGCGGGAAUUCGGCGUCAGGCUUGUAGGGCCCGUCAUCAGCAUGCCUCUGAUGGUCGAGGGCGGCGUCGAGGCCGUGACUAGUGCUGUGGCCUUCGUCGAGGAGAUGUACAAACUACAGCGCAAUUGUAUAGGAUUUGUAGCACAGAACAUCAUACAGACUAUGAUAUAA